AUGGCCAUGGAGCCGUUCAAUUCAGAUAUAUAUGAAGGUUAUAACCUGUAUAUUCAUCCCGAUAAGUUCUACUUGGAACCUAGGGAUCGUGAAGGAGGACUCCUUUCCACGACAUACUUGGAAAUUGAUAGACAUUAUAAUACUAUACGGCUUGGAGAUGCAAAUGUAUCAAGAAUCCCGGUCUCUGGUGCAGAUUUGCAUUUGAUUCGAGGCAUCUUGGGUACUAUUCAACUUGUUUCUGGCAUGGCUCUGAUUGUGAUAAAACGUAUCAAGCAGGUGGGGUCUUUGAACGGUCAUCAUGUAUGGUCUAUCGUCGAGACGGAAGUGAUCCCCUACAAAAAAACAUUACUUCACUUAACAGAAAAGCAGAUUUGGUAUAAUCGUCUUUUCACUGAUAUGAUACAAACUGUGUUGUCCACUGGUGGAUUUUAUUUCUCCCACACUUUGGAUUUAUCCCGAUCUCUCCAAUGGUUAAGCGAGAACGCAAGCCCUGAGUUCCGUCAGAGGAGUAUGAUUGACAGAUGUGAUGAACGUUUUGUUUGGAAUCGUCACCUUCUCUCUGCAAUCAGAUCAAUAAGUGGAACGGCAAGAUAUUGUCUACCAGUAAUCCAUGGCUUCUAUGGUCAAUUCAUCGAGAGCAUCAAUGGACAGUCUUUUAAAGUGAUCUUGGUUUCCAGAAGAAGUGUUCACAGAGCUGGAGUUCGUUUUUACAAGCGUGGUGUGUGUCCUGAUGGCAACCCCGCCAAUUACGUCGAAACAGAGCAGAUUGUUGAACUGGACAAGGAUGCAGAAAGAAAAAUAACUGCUUUCUUACAAUUGAGAGGAUCGAUUCCACUAUUCUGGUCUCAAAAACCAAACCUUAAAUGGCAGCCUAUCCCCUGCAUGAAGCCUCACGACGAUCAACUUCAAGCCUACGUGAAGCAUUUCGAAAACCAAAAAAAAUAUUAUAAUGGAAGACAUGUUAUUGUGAGUUUGAUCAAUACUCAUGGUCGUGAGAAACGUAUCGGAGGAGAACUUGAGAAAGUAUCUCAGCAAGCAAAUUUGUCCUUUGUUAGAUAUAAUCCUUUCGAUUUCCAUAAAGAAUGCAAAGCCAUGAAAUGGGACCGGGUAUCAAUUUUGAAGGAACAAUUACGUCCAGAAAUAACUGAAUUCGGAUUUUUUGCUUCCUCAUUGAACGAUCAUGAGUUCGGACGGACACAGUCUGGUUUCUUCAGAACAAAUUGUAUGGAUUGCUUGGAUAGAACAAACGUGAUUCAGUGUAUGCUUGCUCGAGAAUCUUUGACCGACCAACUCGAAGUUUUGGGAAUUCUGUAUCCUGGACAGAAAGUCGAGUUUAUGGAAGCGUUGGAAGCAUCUUUCAAGAAUUUAUGGGCUGAUAAUGGUGAUGAAUGUAGUAAGCAAUAUGCGGGAACUGGAGCUCUGAAAGCUGAUUUUACAAGAUUAGGUAAGCGUACAUAUCAAGGCGCUCUCAAUGACGGAAUAAAUGCAAUUACACGCUAUUUCCGCAACAACUUUGCCGAUGGAUACAGACAGGAUGCCAUAGAUCUGUUUCUGGGAAAUUUCAUAGUUGAUCCAAAUAAUCUCCCCUCAACACUUGAAACAACACUGAUAGCUCUGGAUCAGAAUGGUGUUGCCCUUUUGGCGGCCUUGUUUGCCAUGGCUAUGACGGUUUUAUGCGUCUUAGUUGCAGAAAACAUAUCGGCAACACUGUUUUGGCUCCUCGUCUUCAUUUUCUGUGUAAUGUUCAUAUUCCUGAACGGGGAAGAAUUCGUAAAUGUGCCGAAGCUGAAGAAAGAUUGA